UCUAGAAACCCUAAAGAAACCUCGCUAUAAAAGAACCUCCAAUCACAGUCUUCAGUCUCUGCCUCCCCUGCUCUCUUUCAAUCGCUCUUAAAACCCUAGUUCUUCAUUCGUUUCUGCGAUUUCAAUUUAAUUCGUUGCGUUUUAGUAGAGAUCUGCAGUAAUGGCGGAAACAGAGACGUUUGCUUUCCAGGCCGAGAUUAACCAGUUGCUGAGUCUUAUCAUCAACACCUUCUACAGCAACAAAGAGAUCUUUCUUCGUGAGCUUAUCAGCAACGCUUCCGAUGCAUUGGACAAGAUCCGAUUUGAAAGUUUGACUGACAAGAGCAAACUAGAUGCCCAGCCCGAGCUGUUCAUCCACCUUAUCCCAGACAAGACCAACAACACCUUGUCUAUUGUUGACAGUGGAAUUGGAAUGACUAAGGCUGGUUAGUAUAAAGCUGAAGUUUAUAAUGCCCUUAUUAUAAGUUUGUUAAUUGUCAACUGGUUUACUGAUGUUUAACUGUGCUCUUCAGAUUUGGUAAACAAUCUGGGAACUAUUGCAAGGUCAGGGACCAAAGAGUUCAUGGAAGCUCUUGCUGCUGGUGCUGAUGUUAGCAUGAUUGGGCAGUUUGGUGUCGGUUUCUACUCAGCAUACUUAGUUGCAGAGAAAGUCAUUGUCACAACCAAGCACAAUGAUGAUGAGCAAUAUGUUUGGGAGUCCCAGGCUGGUGGCUCUUUCACUGUAACCAGGGACACCUCUGGCGAGGUUCUUGGAAGAGGAACUAAGAUCACUCUUUACCUUAAGGAGGAUCAGCUAGAGUAUCUUGAAGAGAGGCGCCUCAAGGACUUAGUCAAGAAGCACUCUGAGUUCAUCAGCUACCCUAUUUCUUUGUGGGUUGAGAAGACAAUUGAGAAGGAAAUUUCUGAUGAUGAGGAUGAGGAAGACAAGAAAGACGAGGAAGGAAAGGUAGAGGAAGUAGAUGAAGAGAAAGAAAAGGAUGAAAAGAAAAAGAAGAAAAUCAAGGAAGUUUCUCAUGAAUGGUCUUUGGUGAACAAGCAGAAGCCAAUUUGGAUGAGGAAGCCAGAGGAGAUCACCAAGGAAGAAUAUGCUGCUUUCUACAAAAGUCUUACCAAUGACUGGGAAGAACACCUGGCUGUUAAGCAUUUUUCAGUUGAGGGACAGCUUGAGUUUAAGGCUAUCCUCUUUGUUCCUAAGAGGGCUCCUUUUGAUCUGUUUGACACCAGGAAGAAGCCUAACAACAUCAAGCUUUAUGUUCGCCGUGUGUUCAUCAUGGACAACUGUGAAGAAUUGAUCCCUGAAUACUUGAGCUUUGUGAAGGGUAUUGUUGAUUCUGAGGAUCUUCCUUUGAACAUUUCCCGUGAGAUGUUGCAGCAGAACAAGAUUUUGAAGGUCAUCCGUAAGAAUUUGGUGAAGAAGUGCAUUGAGCUUUUCUUUGAGAUUGCUGAGAACAAAGAAGAUUACAACAAAUUCUACGAGGCAUUCUCUAAGAACCUGAAGCUUGGUAUCCAUGAGGACUCUACCAACAAAACCAAGCUUGCUGAGCUUCUCAGGUACCACUCUACCAAGUCUGGUGAUGAGCUGACUAGCUUGAAGGACUAUGUGACUAGGAUGAAGGAAGGCCAGAAUGACAUCUACUACAUCACUGGUGAAAGCAAGAAGGCUGUUGAGAACUCUCCUUUCCUUGAAAAAUUGAAGAAGAAGGGAUAUGAGGUUCUUUACAUGGUUGAUGCCAUUGAUGAGUAUGCUGUUGGUCAGCUUAAGGAGUUUGAGGGAAAGAAGCUUGUUUCUGCUACCAAGGAAGGUCUGAAGCUCGAUGAGAGUGAAGAUGAGGCUAAGAAGAAAGAAGCUUUGAAAGAAAAGUUUGAUGGCCUUUGCAAGGUGAUCAAGGAUGUUCUGGGUGACAAGGUUGAGAAGGUCAUUGUCUCAGACCGUGUUGUGGACUCUCCUUGCUGUUUGGUAACUGGUGAAUAUGGCUGGACUGCUAACAUGGAGAGGAUCAUGAAGGCACAAGCUCUGAGGGAUUCAAGCAUGGCUGGAUACAUGUCCAGCAAGAAGACCAUGGAAAUAAACCCUGAGAAUCCCAUCAUGGAGGAGCUGAGGAAGCGUGCUGAUGCUGACAAGAAUGACAAAUCUGUCAAGGAUUUGGUGCUGCUGCUCUUUGAGACUGCUCUUUUGACCUCUGGUUUCAGCCUUGAAGACCCAAACACUUUUGGCAACAGGAUUCACAGGAUGCUGAAACUUGGGUUGAGCAUUGAAGGGGAGGGUGAUGACGUCGAUGAAGACAUGCCUGCUCUGGAAGAAGGUGAAGGUGAUGCUGAGAGCAAGAUGGAGGAAGUCGACUAAGUCUCUGUUGUUUCUUUUUGUUCUUUUUAUAGCUUUUAAGUACUAAAUGGGAUGGAACGUUGAAGGUAGGGUUUAUUACUGUUUUGUCUUGUUUUUGAAUUCUGGUUAAUAGUAGUAUCUUAAUGGUGCUACUUGACUUGAUAGUAGCAUCUUUUUGGCGGAUGAGUGGUGGUUACCGCUGCUUUAUUAUGAAGUUACAGAUUAAUUUGCACCGUCUCUUUUGGCAUUCUGUGUUUUUUUCUUCUGGUGGUAAGUAGCUGUGUAUUUCUUUAACUGUUUGGGGACUUUUGGGUUUGGUUGGCAGUGAACUUACAAGGUUCCGGUUGAGACUUCAGAGAACGAAAACAAGUUAUUUCUUUCUGCAGGCAUGGGAAUAAUUUUCCCUUCUGUAUGUUUAAAUUUUCAUUUUAAAAUUUCUAUAUUAAUUCAAAUAUUUGUCCUUGUCCCUGAGAAAAAACGAGCCUUACAUUCUCAGUUCCACACAUAUUUCUCUCUCUGCAAGUUGUACCAGUUUUUCAAGUCUUGGCUGUGUGCCGCAAUUUUCCAUUAGAUAUUAGUAAGUUCCACUCUACAGGGUGCGCACCUCAAGUACAUAUUUGCAGGAGGAGCGAAAGUCCUAAAUCUCGACUGCCCAGAAACUUUUAAAUGAAGAGUAAAAGAAUGGUUAGGAACCAUGAGCCGUGAAG